GUGCGCGGAGGGGAAGGAGCGCGGCGGGGGCUCGGCGGGCAGCGAGCGGAGCGCGGCGGUGCCCAGCCCAGCCCAUGGAGGACUCCGGGCCCGGCCCGGCGCUGCGGCGCUUCACCUGGGAGGAGAUCGGGCAGCGGAACGGGAGGGGGCCGGCGCCGCAGGAGCGGUGGCUGGUGAUCGAGAGGAAGGUGUACGACAUCAGCCAGUUCUGCCGGAGGCACCCCGGAGGCUCCCGGGUCAUCAGUCACUACGCCGGGCAGGAUGCCACGGAUCCUUUCAUAGCUUUUCAUCUUGACAAGACACUAGUAAGAAAGUACAUGAAGCCACUCCUGAUUGGGGAACUGGCACCAGAUCAGCCCAGCUUCGAGCCCAGUAAGAAUAAAAAACUGGUGGAGGAUUUCCGUGAACUCCGUGCAGCCGUGGAGAAGAUGGGGCUUCUCAACCCCAACCUCACCUUUUUCAUGCUGUACCUCUGUCACAUCUUGGUGUUGGAUGUUGCAGCUUGGCUCACCAUCUGGUAUUUUGGAGCAUCCACUCUGCCUUUCCUCCUCUCUGCAUUGCUUCUAGGCACGGUCCAGGCCCAGGCUGGCUGGCUCCAGCAUGAUUUUGGACACCUUUCAGUGUUCAGCAAGUCCAGAUGGAACCACUGGGUGCACAAGUUUGUGAUCGGCCACCUGAAGGGAGCACCAGCCAGCUGGUGGAAUCACCUCCACUUCCAACACCACGCUAAACCCAACUGCUUCAGAAAGGACCCUGAUGUUAACAUGCACCCCUUGUUUUUUGCUUUGGGAAAACCACUCUCUGUAGAGCUUGGUGUACAAAAGAAGAAAUUCAUGCCUUAUAACCACCAGCACAAGUACUUCUUCAUCAUUGGCCCCCCAGCUCUGGUGCCUCUUUACUUCCAGUGGUACAUAUUCUACUUCGCAGUUCAGCGGAAGCAGUGGGUGGACCUGGCCUGGAUGCUGACCUUCUACAUCCGAUUCUUUCUCACCUACGUGCCCUUGUUGGGGGUGAAAGGUGUCCUGGGGCUUCAUCUCUUAGUCAGGUUUAUAGAGAGUAACUGGUUUGUCUGGAUUACACAAAUGAACCACAUCCCGAUGCACAUUGAUUAUGAUAAGAACGUGGACUGGUUCUCUACCCAGCUCCAGGCAACCUGUAACGUUCAUCAGUCCUUCUUCAAUGACUGGUUUAGUGGGCAUCUGAACUUCCAAAUCGAGCACCACCUUUUCCCUACCAUGCCACGACACAACUACUGGAAGGUGGCUCCUCUGGUGAAGUCCCUGUGUGCCAAACACGGCAUCGAGUACCAGUGCAAGCCGCUGCUCACCGCCUUUGCAGACAUAGUGCACUCUUUGAAAGAUUCAGGGGAGCUCUGGCUCGAUGCCUACCUACAUAAAUAAGAAGCAGUGGAUCCUUGCAGAGGAGUUCCCCAGCCCUGUUGCCUCCUGAGGUGGUGGUCACCAUGAAGAUGCUGCACAGAGGAGAGAGAGCUGGCUAAGCCAGAGGCUGGAGGUGGCACAGCUUAACUCCACUGGAUGUGAUGAAUAUGAUUGCUUUUUGGGUUUUUUUUAAGGAUGUGUUCUUAAUUCUUCUCGUGCUUCUUUCAAUUCCUCUUCUUUGGUGCUGAAUUAGGGGGAAAAGCUAAAUGGAGGAGGUUAUGUUCCACCAAGGUGUGGAGGCAGCUUUGGGGCUGGGAACAGAUCCUCAUUUGCUGAGUACAUAGGAGGGAAGCCUCUUAGCUAACAUAGCCCUUUGUGAGGUGGCUUUCAUGAAUAUAGCAAGAAAGCUGAGGCAGUCUGAACUUCAAAGAGCACAGGAGUUACUAAAAUGUGGAAGCAAUAAGGAAUUGUAUAGGUACAGUGUUUUCAAAUACCUGGAUGUAAUUAACAAUGGCAACAGAAGGUGCCCAAACCCAAGGGACAAGCACAUGAAAGCCCAAACCAAUUUGUACAUGUGUGGGUGAGGCAGAGGAGGUGAAGGCAGCAGUUCUAGAGGAAUAAGCAUGAGGGGGGGGGGAAAGUGUGUAAAUAGAGCCCUCAUUGAGGUGGAGAAAGAAGACAGCAGAGCUUAUUCCAUGAGCAUGCAGAUGUGAGAGCUUGGCAUGCUGCACCUGUGGGAAUGCUGCCCUCCACAUCUCUCCUGUGGUGGAAGCCUCCCAGUUACCUGCCUGCAGGUAACCUCCCAUGGAGUCUCUGCAGGUGGUGGCAGUGCCGUACUUCUGAGCCUUAUUGAACCUGGGAGUGAAGGUCAGAAGAGGCUGAAAUCUCUACAAGAGUGACCAAGGAAGCCAAGGUGUAAUUGGUGCCUGCUCACCUGAAGCUUCACCUUUGUUAAAGUGAUUUAUUAAGCAGAGAGGACUCCUGACUUCUGGCCUGUGGAGCAGGAGGUGUUGCUGUGUGAGCUGCAGGCAAAUUAACUGAAGGUGUACAAGUGUGAGGGGUUCUGAGGAGCUGUUUAAAUGCAUCUCCACUUUUGAACUUGGCAGGAGUCAUGGGGCUGUGUACCUGUAGGCACAGGUCAGCCAGUGCAUUGCUGUUCUCUCUCUGUUAAUCACCUGCCUUCAAAACACACCCCAGGAGAGCAUGUGCUGGCUGAUUUAUUGGAGUGUUCAUUCACCUGGCAGCAUUUCCUGGUGUCUUUAUUUGCUGCACCAAUGUUCCAGGUGCCAGAUUGGAUAUAGCACUGAGGAAGAUGACUCCAUCACCCUGGCACCUCAGGGGCAGCUGGUUUGGUCUCCAGAAGGUUGCUUUUGAGGUGCUUUUUCUUACCAACAUUCAGAAAGGAUGGUGUAUGAAGGGAUGGAAGAAGUGCAUCUUCACCCACCAAGACUGUUGUUAAGCACAGAAGAAAAUUGUCAUGGGUAAUGAUAGUAGAAUCAUUAAGUCAUUGGUUUGUGUUGAUAAAGACCAUAAAGAAAAUGGGCCUUAGUUACUCUUUUGCCUUGUUUUUUAUUCCUGCUCUGUUUCUUUCCCUCUAAUUACUAGACCUGUUGAUGGAGGAAAGUCUAAUAAAAUGCCU